AUGUCGAGCAUGUCCGACAGUGGAAGUCAAAAUGGCACAGGGAAUCUUGAAACCGGAAUCGCAAUGGCCAACUUUCUAGCCGAUCUGCAGUCGUUUCUUCCUGUCCCUCCAGGAACCUUCAGCGACCCUCCUCCAAAAAGGGACGAAGAUCGAUACAAUGCUGCCGAUCGAGCCAAGCAAUCUGAAGAAAUCAAAGGCGAAAAUGGCGAAGACAUGAACGAAGCAGAGCCAAAGACAGAUGCGCCAGCUGAACCGCAACCUGUCAGAAGUCAGAUGACGAAGCCACUAGCUCCUAUCGAAGCUGGUGAAGAAUUUGAUCAAAGACAUGAGGAAAAUGUAAACAUGAAGAAUGUAGGUGUCGAGGAAUGUGAUUUGUGCGGACGUUGGAAGAGUAAAUGCCGCAUGCGUGAAGCUAUUCGAAUGUCGCACGUAAGGAGGGGAACAGUGAUCUGCGGCCAGUGCACUGUGAUGCUAGAGAAAGUUCCGACUGCACGAAUUGUGCCACCAUCCAUUCCAGACGUUAGUAUUGGUCCCUCAAUGGUCACCGACAAGCGAUGGAAGCAUGACAUCCUUAAAAGCUCCCUCAAAAUGCCUUCACGUCCACCACCUGCUUUCAUUUCUCUGGUUCCAAGGAACAAGGAAAAGGAGUUUUCGCCUGAGGACCUCGACAAUGAUUUCAAGUACCAAAAUCUGUUCGAGGUUUUGUUCUCACCGGAUCUCCACCUUCUAUCGGCAAUGUUUGAGGUGAUGCCGGAAGAUGAGGAGGGCGACGAGCUCUUGGCUGCCGUUCUCCGAUUAGUGGAUAGAUCCGGAAGAACUGAACAGAUCAUGAAAGCUUGUGUGGAGAUGGAGGUGGCGAACACUUUAGAUGCUACGACCAUGUUUAGAAGGAACAAUAUGUCAUUGCGUAUCUUGAAGAUGCACAUGUCCAAGGUUGUAGCUUUGAGAUUGAUCCAUCGUUAUCUACACCGUCAGACAAUCUUCAGACGUGCAUUUUUGCGCAACUACGACUACUGUCAGAAGCACGAUUUCCAAAUUCGGGCGGAUGCAAUCAAGAUGCUUGCAUUGAAUGAACGUUUUGCUGCCGACUCUUCCAUGGCAGGUUUUUCUUGUGAUACAUUUGAGACGUUCUCAUCGUUGAGUACACAGCAUGCGUCAGCUUUUAAUGAUGAUGCGUGGGAGCAUUCUGACCCCAAGAAGGUCAUGGUGUAUAGCAAAGAUGUGCCAGAUCUGCUCCGCUUGAUUGUCAACAAGAUGGAGAUCAUAGAGAGGCAUGCAUACCUUCAGGAGCAGCAGCAUGAAGAACUUCGAGGAUCGUUUCUCCGAUUACGAGUGAACUCGAUCUGCUUGAUUGCCCAUUACUCGAGUGGUAUCGGUUCGAGAUAUGGCACAGCUGCUGCGGCACCGCUUCCCUAUGAGACGGAUGAGGGAGAUUGGAACAACGGAUAUGGACAGUAUGAAGUUGGCGCUGGUCAAGAGAACAACUGGAAUAGCGCAGCAGAGGCAGCAAUGCAGGGUAUCUCUACGCCGCCAAAGACGCAGGAACUCGGACCAAACGCAGAAUUCAUCAAGACGGUGCCCACUGCGUGA